AAUAAUGGCAGUAAAUCUCGACGUUUGGGAAGAAUUGUUAAACAAUACGAAAAUGCAAUCAAAGACUUCAAAAAAGGAAAAGUUAUAGACUUUGAAGAGUUGCCCACUCCUCCAGGUUUUGGACCAAUACCUCCAAUGAAUGCCCCAAAACCAGCGGUUAAGGCUCCAGAACCCACUGUCGCUGCUGUAAAAAGCACUCCAAAACCAGCAAAUCCUACAACCGGUGCAAACAAUUUGCCCGAUAAAACACGCGUAGAGACAUCAGCCGUGAAAGCGAGUCCCAGUCCACCGAAAGCCGCACAAAAACCAAACCUGAAGAGAGCGUCUUCGACGGCAAACAAACAAUUGAAUUAUUUAUUAGAAAGACAGCGAAUGUUCAAAGAAGCGGCUCUCGAGUCCAAACAGAAGGGAGACCUACAACAGGCCAAAGAGUACUUACGGAUGGCUAAAGGUUUUGAUCCGUUGAUUGAAGCGACACAAAACGGACUGCCAAUCGACGCCACUUCUAUACCAACGCCUCCACAAAUUGGCGANUAGUGAAGCAAUUGAUUGGCAUUUGUGUUAAGAAA